AUAAUAUACUCAACCAGUAAUGAUAGACAGUACAGAAUGUAUUUUGAUCAUUCUCAUAGGAGGCUGCUACACUCCUCUGUUGAGAGUCAUCACUGAGCAUCGCCCCUCUCUGAGCUCUCACACUUCUAUAAAGGGAGGUGGUCCUCCAGUCCCUCCUGUUCCUUCUCACUCAUACACUUCUCGACAAAUUGAACAGACCUGCUCACCACAAAGGACACAAUGUGGUUUGCUGUGUUUUACAUAUGGGGAACCAUCUUGGCAUUUUCUGUAUGUGACAUCUGCCCAGAAACCUCUGAGGAUGCUGCUUCAUGGGUAGAACUGAAGCCCCAGAGACACUGCGGGGACGAGGAACACUUCUGCCCUUAUCGACUCACCCUCCCUCCUCUCUCCAUCCAGCUACCCAGGCCUUUUAGGGAGCUGGAAGAAAUGGCUAAGGAGCUGCAGAACCUAAAGGAAGUUGUCAACCAGCUGAGAAGAGACUGCCAGGAAUGUAAGGACAGGCACAGUGACAGGAGGGGUGGAUGGACGGACCAUAGUGACGAAGAGGAAAGGAGGUAUCAAAGUCCAAGGCAUAAUAUCAGUGUUAAGAACAAACCAAGUCCUGAUGGAGAAAAAGUUGCUCAAAUCUUCUCUUCAACCUUACCACAAGGAGACACAUCAGAAAGUGAAGGAACCAUCAAGGGGUUUGAGAAAAGGCCUAAUCAUUCAACACUGGAAGUUCAGGAAUGGGAUAUUAAAUCGAGGAUUGAUCUAAACCAAGGCACAACAGAUCCAACAUCGGAGAUGAAUAAAGAUGUAAAAAUAUUUAACCCCUUACUUGAGGUAUCUGAGGAUAUUUCAAAGGUGCCUACACCUUUAGGGACAGAAAGGGAACUAAAGCGCAGUGGAUUAGCAGAACCCUCCCUUCCCGUAAAAAAGGAUGAUGUACAAUUUGUAACCCAUGUGAAACAACAGCCAAAUGUUCUCAAGGAUGGAGAUGCUGGGAACGUCAGCGACAUUCUGACAGUGAGAAGAAGAGUGCAGAAUGUGCCUUAUCAGGAUAGAUUAAGAGAUCCUAACAUAAGGACAACAGAUUUAAGCACAUCAGCAGUUAACAAAAAAGUUCAGAACUUUCCUGGAGGAGAUAGACCAUUGAGGCCAAGAGGUUCCUACAUAAACAGUAGAGUUGUCAAAGUUAACAAUGAAGACAGAUUGAAGAACCCUGCUGUCAUGAGAAAAACUAAUCCACAAGUCGGGGAAACGAUGGGUAUGAUUCAGCCAGAAGAGGCUGGAUUUUCUCCAGCGAGGAGUGGCAUUAUGCGGGUAAAGGAAACUAGUCCUCAUAUAGCAAACACAAAAUCUGGGACAAUCAGAGAAUCAAGUCCAUUAACAGAUGACCAAAACAAACAAGACUUCAGUAGCGUUUCUGGUCCCAAAACAGACGAUAAACAUGUAAGCCAAGUCCCUACAGUUAGAGAAGACAAUUCAAGAAACAUAAACAUAACUGAGAUUACAAGACUCCCAACAAAUCUGAGGAAAGAAAAGCAAGGUGAUGUGAGUCACACGGACACAAAUAAAUCGGACUUCAGUAUUAUGAAUCAAGCUGGACAGCCAAACACAGUAAAAGAGGAAGAGAAGCACAUUGGACUGAGUGAAAGUCUGGUAAUUAUUAGUAGCUCCGCUGUGAAUAGAGAGGACUUGCCUUCCCCAGGAAGACAGGUGGAAAUUGAAAAAUAUCUAAACCCAAUCACAGAAAGUAAUAAUGGACAAAUUGGUUCCAAAGUUUUAGAUAAGGCUGACAGAACUCUUAAUGCAGGGACAGUUAAUCCAAUGUCUCCAGAUCUCACAGAUAAGAUACAGCCAGAAACGUUCAUCGUAGGGACAAUUGAGGAAAUGGGUUUUAACUCGUUAAAUGCAGAAACUCUAAAGAUAGACAUCCCAAGCCACAGUGAAGCUACAUUUUCAGAAGAUCUUGUGAAGCCCACUAUAGUCCCAGCGGUAAAGAGCAAAUCAAGAAAUGGCAAUGUGAGAAUGACCAGUAGGUUUAAACCACCCGUGGGAGGCCACGGGGCAAGAAGAUCUUCAAUAACUCCACUCAAAGCUGUGCCAGAACAGCCUCAGAACGGCAAGAAAAACAUCAGCAUGACACAUGAAGUGAGACAAGAACUAAAGUAUGUAAUGCCAAGACUUCUAAGCAACUCAGACACCACUGUUAUUUCACCUACAGGCCCCAAACUGAGACCUAACAUAACAAGUAAAACAUCAGCAAACAGAAGUGUUGGGGAACCUUCAAAGUUGCCUAUCCCAGUCAGAAAUGGACAUGUUCCCCGGAAAAAUGUCUCUGGAAUACUGAAACCAAUUUAUACAAGGAGGAAGCCAAACUUUCAAACUGAGAUGAACACAAACAGAGGCAUCAAGACAAAGGUAAGCACAAGGAAUCAAUUUUUUAGCCCCACUGGUGCAACACCUACUGUAAGAAGAGGUGAAAUCAAACACAUCCCGCAGGUAAUAACAUCAAAUGUACUGGAUAAUCAGCAGUCGACAAAUAACAUUACAGAACCAAAAUCACAACCAGAGUCUCAAAAUCCAGGUGACAUAAGAGAUUUGGAUAAGGUUCAAGAAGCUAUGAACAGACCUGGAGACAACAGCGAGAUUGUGUUGAUCUCAAAUAAUGAGAACCGUUCACAGGAUCCUAACACAAUGCAAAGGGGCACAUCAAAUUCACCAGCUGGUGAAAAGGAAGGAAAGAUCUUUAGUUUAGGAGGUGCCAGUAUUAGUGGUCAAAAUCCAUCUGAAGAGGACAAAAUCAGAAGUGGGAGGAAAAGGCCAACCACAUCCACCUUAAAGAAAGAGUUACCCAAGGAACCAGGUGCAUCUCAGUUUAUAACAUCGAAUGUCUCUUUUACAGACAUGGAGCAUGGAGACAGUAUGAAAAACAUUCACACAGUGACUAACACACAUGUUGAAAAGUCUAAUAACCCCAGUCAGGAUACACCCAGAAGUUUUGAAAAUACUGGACCAGCACCAAAUGUGAGGUCAACCGUAUUGCAUAAUCUCUGGAUUAAAAACAACAAUACAGAGUCAAAAUCCCCUCCAAUCUCUCAAAAUGCAGCUAAUGUGCAAGAUUUGGAUCAGGUUCAACAAGGUAAAACCCAUGUUAGAGACAAUAGUGAGGUUGUGUUGAUACUUAACACUGAGAAUAGUGAAGAGGAUCCAAACAUACAGCAAAGUGGAGGAUCUAAUGUUCCUACUAGUGGAACAGAACGCAAAACAUUUAGUUUGGGAACAGCUGAUAAAUUGGAAAGAGGAAAAAAAGGGACAAAUACACCAACCCUGAAGAAGAAAGAGUUAUUUAAGGAUCCGGGUACAACACAAUUCAUAAACUCAACAGUUUCUUUUACAGACAUGCAGCACAGAGAUAGUACAAAAAACACUGGUUCAGUGACAAAUGCGCAUGUUGAAAUGCCUAAAAACGUCAGUCGGGAUACACCCAUUAGUUUUGAAAGUAUAGGAGCAACAAAAGAACUGGAACAUAUUAAGCUUAAUAAAGACAGAGUGGAUGAAAUCCCUGAAGAUGUAUUAUCUAACCCAAACACUGUGGACACAGCCAAUGGUUAUAGUGGAGAGAAGUAUGCAAUUCCAGUUGUUUUGGAAACGCUUACAAAUACUGAAGAAAUCAAGGGCUCAAAAGUUUUCUCACUUAGCCCUGAGGACACAGCUGAGGGAUUUAAAUCCCAUGCAGUCAGCGAUGAGGUAACAGAGAGAGAGAAAGCAGAAAACAAAAUCCACAGCACCUGCCUUGGUAAUUGUAACACUACAUCAACUCCACACUCACAACCCAGUACAAGCCAGACCAGGACUCCAUUGGCCCCUGAAAGAGAAAAAAGACCUGCUCAAGACUGUGCUGAUUACAUUACGAAAUCUCGAAGGAAUGGUGUAUACAGAGUAACGCCGCGACCAAAAAACACUACAUUUCCUGUUUUCUGCGACAUGGCGUCCUCUGGCGGAGGUUGGACGUUGAUUCAACAUCGCUUUGAUGGUAGCACAAGUUUUAAUCGCACAUGGGACGAGUACAAGAAUGGAUUUGGGAAACUAAUAGGAGAGUUCUGGCUUGGCAAUGACAAGAUUCACUUGCUGACAAAGGCGAAAAACAUGUCAUUGCGAAUUGAAAUUGAAGAUUUCGAAGGGAUCAGAGAAUACGCCCAAUAUGACCACUUCUACAUAGCCAAUGAGAGCCAACAAUACCGCCUGUCCAUAGAUGGCUACUCGGGUACAGCUGGCAAUGCCAUGCAAUUUAGCAAAAAGUACAACCAUGACCAGAAGUUCUUCACCACUCCGGACAGAGACAAUGACCAGUAUCCCUCAGGAAACUGUGGAGCCUAUUACAGCUCAGGCUGGUGGUUUGAUGCAUGCAUGUCUGCAAACUUAAAUGGGAAAUAUUAUCAAUCAAAGUACAAAGGGGUACGUAAUGGAAUAUUUUGGGGUACAUGGCACAACAUUACAAUGGAAUAUUACCCAACUAAUGAAAGACAAUCAUUCAGGACUGUUAGAAUGAUGAUAAGACCUACAAACUAUGCAAACUAAUACGAAUAACAAACAGAACUAAAUUAAGCUAUCUUUUGAAUCAUAAAGUAACUGCUGCAAUAAUAUCAGAUUUCAGUGUGGUGUCAGAAAAUUGUUUUAGUAAAUAUGUUGUUUAAUAAGCUGUAAACAUAAGCAUUGAUAUACAAAACUGAGCACUUUUGUGAUGCUUCGAAAAUACUGUAGUGCAUAAACAAUAAAAACAUGCUUUUACAGAUUUAGCUGUUAUUUUGUAUAUUGUAUUUUUUUUUUUUAAUUCUGGGGCAGUCCAUGACUGUUUAUGCUCUUUUUUUCCAAUGCAAAUAUUUUACGUUGAAUAAAAGCAUCUGUAAUUUUGUUUGUUUUAUCAUUAUUAAAUUUUUUAAUGGAAA